GGUCAUGUGUGCCGUGUGUAAACACCUGUAUUAACCCUUCAUGAAGACUGGGGUCUCUCUCUCCACAGACGGAUGUGAUGCAUCAGAACGUGUUUGAUUAUAUUCACGUGGAUGACCGACAGGAGUUCAGACAGCAGCUGCACUGGGCCAUGAACCCUUCACCUGACGGCUCGGGUGAAGAUUUAGUGUUCAGCAGUUUGUUCCAGUCUGAGUCGGGUGACGUUCCUCCAGAGUUCUCCUGGUUCCUGACCCGCUGCUUCAUCCUGCGCGUGCGCUGCUUACUGGACAGCAGCUCCGGAUUCCUGACGAUGCAGUUUCAAGGACGAUUGAAGUUCCUUCACGGUCAAAGGAAGAAGACGUCAUCCGGAGCGCUUCUGCCUCCUCAGCUGGCUCUGUUCUGCGUCGCUGUGCCUCUGCUCCUGCCCUCCAUCCCUGAGAUGAAGAUGAAGAGCGGCAUGAUGAAGGGCAAACACAGGAACCCUGGAGUUCUCACCUCGUUAGAUCACAAUGACAGAGAUGAUCCUUUCAGUCGUCCACACAUGAGCCAACACAGCAUCAAGUACAAGAGCGAAGGUCACUACGGCCCAGACGAGCCUGUGGUCUUCUGCAGGUCGAGCGGUCAGAGCCUGGACUGCGGCGCGUGGCCCGUGAGAAGCUCCUCGGUCCGGACGGUCGACCUGCUGCCCGGUGCUCAGCUCUGCAGACACACGCAUCGAUCAGCCUCUGGAUAUUACAGUCACAGAGCUGAAGCCUACGACGACUACAGCAUCAAGAGCGAGAACUUCUGCUACGAAGCUCCCGGCGAGGGAUACGACACAAACAUGAUGCUGGAGCCGCCCAUAAAGAUGGAGCAAGACUCAGACUCGGAGAACGGCUGCGGACGGCCCUGGACGGAUGGUGAGCGUUUCCUGAGCGGCUGUGACGGUGUGCAGAUGAAAGCGGAGGAUGGAUACGCAGAGCAGUAUUCCUGCCAGAGGAUGAAGGGAGCGACGUACAGCAGUCACUAUCCCUCGAACACUUACAGCGGGACCCGAGCGCUCAAGAGCGUCCUGAACAGAGAAGCACUGACCUCACAGUGUGUGGACGCCUACGCUGCUGACUACAAAGGGUACGUACAGCACGACUACAAAACGGGUUACGAGUUCAAAGGUCACGGGCUGCUUCACUGCAUCAAACAGGAGCCGGCUGACGCUCCGCUGUGGCUCGACGUCUCCAGCAGCGGCCCGAGGAUCAACAUGAGCAGCGCACACAAGACCAACCCCUGCGUCUUCAUGCAGUAGAGCUUCACCUCAUUCAGUCUCAGUCUGGACAUUCAUUCAUGUGCUGCC